GGCGGCUCUCCUGCCCCACGGCCGCGCUGGGGGCGCCAGCGGGGCCGGGCUUGUCCCCGCUCUGCCCAAUCAGCGCGCGCCAGAACCACGAGUGACGGCAGCAGCAGCCAAUCGCAGCCAGCGCCGGGCUCUGCACACGGCACGGACUCGUGUCCCUUCGCCUGAUCUCCGCCAUUUCUCGGAAGCCUGGGCUGAGGAGCGGCCUCGGCGCUGGGCCCGGCCCGGGCAGGAGGCCAAGGAAGCGCCGCUGCGCUGAAGCGCCGGGAGCUCGGGGUGCCCGGGAGCUGAGGGUGCUGGGAGCUGGGGGAUUUCUCAUUCCCAAGCCUUGGCCAGAUGGAGGAGGAGGAAAAGCCCUGGAGAUCCCAAAUGAGGAGGGGCUGCAAACCCAGCCCAGGGAGCUGCAUGGAAGAAGGACCUGCCCUAUGCCAGGAAGGCAGCAGGAAGUCCAGCAGGAGCUCAGAGCUGGUGGAGAAGCCUCAUGGUAGGGAGAAACGCUACAAGUGCUUGGAAUGUGGAAAGGCAUUCAGCCACAGCUCCAGCCUGAUCCGGCACCAGGUGAUCCAUACAGGGGAAAAGCCCUACGUGUGUGGGCAAUGUGGGAGGAGCUUCAGUGACAGCUCCAACCUGGUCCGGCACCAGCGGGUCCACACUGGGGAAAAGCCCUACGAGUGUGUGGAAUGUGGGAAGAGCUUCAGCAGUAGCUCUAACCUGAUACAGCAUCAGGGGAUCCACACCGGGGAGCGGCCCUAUGACUGUGGGGAAUGUGGCAAGAGCUUCAGAAGCAUCUUUAUCUUGAUGCAACAUCAGAGGAUCCACACUGGGGAAAAGCCCUAUGAGUGCGGGGAAUGUGGGAAAAGCUUCAGCCAGAGUUCCAGCCUGAUCAGUCAUCAGGUGAUCCAUACAGGGGAACGGCCCUACACUUGCUUGGAAUGUGGGAAGAGCUUUGGGUGGAGCUCUGAACUGAGAAAACACCAGCUCAUCCACACUGGGGAGAGGCCCUAUGAGUGUCCCAAGUGUGGGAAGAGGUUUAAGACCAGCUCCAAUCUCCUCCUACAUGAGCGGAUUCACACAGACGAGAGGCCCUUCCGCUGCCCCGACUGUGGGAAGGGCUUCAAGCACAACUCCAACCUCACUGUCCACCGGCGCAUCCACACUGGGGAGAGGCCCUACGAGUGUCCCCAGUGUGGGAAGAGCUUCUCAGACAGCUCUCACUUGACCCGACACCAACGUAGGCACCAGUAAGGGAAGCCCUGCGAGUGCCCCGAGUGCGGGAAGAGCUUCGUGCGCUGCUCCAGCUCCAUCCCCCAUGGGAGGAUGGGCGUUGGAUGAUCCCCAGUGACCCCCGUUGGGCAGAGCCCUGGUGAUCCGUGGUCCUGGUGAUCCGUGUUGGGAAGACACCUGGCUGGGAGGCUCCACAUCUUCCUGGCUCCCUGUGGGCACCUGGAUCAAAGCAGGGGCAGGAACAUCCAUUGGGACACAGACCAACAAUGGGAAUUCCUUGGAGAGAUUGGAUUUGUUGACUUUCAAUACCAGAAAACCUUUUGCAUUCAAUCCUAUCUUCUGGUGGCAUCAAGUAAUACUGGAUAGUUUUGGAGGUCUUUUCCAACCUCUGUGAUUUGAUGAUUUUGAUUUCCUAUGGCCCAAGUGUGCCUUCCUCAGCCAAAUGCUAAUGAACUGGGUCAAAGAUCAAGAUUUUGGAGACAGUGAGGUGGAAACCUCCCCAGACACCUUCUUACCUCCCAACCAAGCACGUGGAUCCUAUUUGUACACAGACACGGGAAUCCUUUUGUUUUGGCCUUGAUUUGCUUUUCAUUUAUCUUUGUCCCUUUAAAAUAUCCAACAUUUGGGUAAAAAUAAAGACAAUGAACUAAAA